GUAAGCUCUGUCGUACUCCUGUCAGUUGGCAGUUUUACAAUGGAGAAAUCUUUGCUACUGCCGCUGUUAAUUGCAAUUGCUGUCACAGUUGUUGUAUCUGUUCCAACCAAACCUAACAAACGAUGGGAUGGCUACUAUGAUUACUGGACAGAUGAUUAUGAUUAUGAUUGGAAUGAUGAUUAUGAAUAUUACGAUUGGUAUGCUGAUGAUUAUUUGGAUAACUAUGAUUGGAAUGAUUGGUAUGAUUACUAUGACUGUGAUCUCACAAAUGGAAAUGUCAAAGAAUGCAUCAGUGGUCAUUGUGUCGAUAUCAAUGACAUAUGUAGUGGAGCGGACAGUUGUUCCAGUAUGGAAAACGAAUGGUUCUGUACAGUAUAUGAACGUGGAAUAAAGAAAGCCAAUGAUUCUAUCAAAAAAAGAAACUUGGGAGAAAAUGUAGAUGACAAAAAGCUUAAAACAAAGGUCUACCAGCUGAUUACAAGAAAGAUAAAGGCGGCAAAGCAGAAGAAGGCGGACAACGUGGAAAGAAAAGCUCGGAAAAACACGGAGCGCAAUCUCAAAAAUAUCAAACGUCUUUUGUCAAGAAAAACAACGGGACUGAAGCAACGUAUGCAUCGUGCAUCUGAAGCAAAACCCAAGCCAUAAAACGAUCUUGAUACCUUAUAAAUUAUGAACAUCAUCAUCUAUUAAUUUGUUUAAAUUCAUCGUGUAUUAUUGAAAUAUACUUUUAUGAAAGAGGAUAUUUAUUUUAAAACUUUUCUCGGAUUUGUAUUAACUUUGCUAUAUGCUUAAAUGAUCGAAGGAUUUGAAAUGACUACGUUCUUUGUAACGUCAACAGCUCUGCUUAGUUUAACAUUUGUAAUUACAAGUCUAGUAUAGAGCGUAACAAGAUCUACGUAUGUGAAUAAUAAUACGUUUCUUUCAUACAAUAAAUCUGUUCUACACAAUAGUUGUCAUGUAGGACGAAAUCAUCUAUCAAAAUUAUUAAAUAUAAAUUCAAUAAAGUAUUGAGUUCAUUUCAUCAUAUUUUUAUUUUCUGUAUAAUUUAUCCAAUUCUCUUUUAAAUAAAAACUUUACUCACUUUA